AUGAGAAAAAGCUUAAUUAUUAUUUUGGUCCCUAAUUUGUUGGAUUGGUUCAUUUUGGUACUCUUAUUAUUUUUUUGUUCAAUUUGGUCAUCUAAUUUAACCGCUUAUAUUAAAACUUUCCAAGGUCCGCCUCACGGCAUCCAAGUUGAGAGAGAUAAAUUGAACAAGUAUGGUCGUCCCCUAUUAGGAUGUACUAUUAAACCUAAAUUGGGGUUAUCCGCUAAGAAUUAUGGUAGAGCUGUUUAUGAAUGUCUUCGUGGGGGACUUGAUUUUACCAAAGAUGAUGAAAAUGUGAAUUCCCAACCAUUUAUGCGUUGGAGAGACCGUUUCUUAUUUUGUGCUGAAGCGAUUUUUAAAUCACAGGCUGAAACAGGUGAAAUCAAAGGGCAUUACUUGAAUGCAACUGCGGGUACAUGCGAAGAAAUGAUGAAAAGAGCUGUAUUUGCCAGAGAAUUAGGCGUUCCUAUCGUAAUGCAUGAUUAUUUAACAGGGGGAUUCACUGCAAAUACUAGCUUGGCUCAUUAUUGCCGAGAUAAUGGUCUACUUCUUCAUAUACAUCGUGCAAUGCAUGCAGUUAUCGACAGACAAAAGAAUCAUGGUAUGCACUUUCGUGUAUUAGCUAAAGCAUUACGUUUGUCUGGUGGAGAUCAUGUUCACUCCGGUACCGUAGUAGGUAAACUUGAAGGGGAAAGAGAUAUCACUUUAGGUUUUGUUGACUUACUGCGUGAUGAUUUUGUUGAAAAAGAUCGAAGUCGUGGUAUUUAUUUCACUCAGGAUUGGGUUUCUCUACCAGGUGUUCUGCCUGUUGCUUCGGGAGGUAUUCACGUUUGGCAUAUGCCUGCUCUGACCGAAAUCUUUGGAGAUGAUUCCGUACUUCAAUUUGGCGGAGGAACUUUAGGACACCCUUGGGGAAAUGCACCAGGUGCUGUAGCUAAUCGAGUAGCUCUUGAAGCCUGUGUGAAGGCUCGAAAUGAAGGACGUGAUCUUGCUCGUGAAGGUAAUGAAAUUAUCCGUGAGGCUAGCAAAUGGAGUCCUGAAUUAGCUGCUGCUUGCGAAGUAUGGAAGGAGAUCAAAUUUGAAUUCGAAGCAAUGGAUACUAUUUGAAUUCGAAGCAAUGGAUACUUUGGAUUAAUUGCAAUUAAACUCGGCACAAUCUUUUCCUAAAAGAAGGAUUGAGCCGAAUACAAAGAUACUUAAUUAUUAAACAGAUUUCUAUCUUUCGUAUUGGAAUA